ACUAAACUCAAUGACCAGUAUCGCCCUCAAACUGAAAGUUGGAAGCAAGGUAAAACACGGGAGGGGCAAACGUUGGAAACUAAGAAAUGUCGGCGUCUGCGACCGUCCGAACUCCGCUGCUGUUAGACACCGUCGAUGGUGCCGUUGACUACAAAGGCCGUCCGGUCCUCCGAUCCAAAUCCGGUGGCUGGAGAUCUGCAUCCUUCAUCAUAGGUGUGGAAGUGGCGGAGAGGUUCGCGUACUACGGGAUCGGCUCCAACCUCAUAACGUACUUGAACGGGCCGCUGGGCCAGUCAACGGCCACCGCGGCCCAGAACGUGAACGCGUGGUCCGGAACGGCGUCGUUGCUUCCGCUUCUGGGUGCGUUCCUGGCCGACUCCUUUCUCGGCCGCUAUCGCACCAUUGUCGUCGCUUCUCUCAUCUACAUUCUGGGACUUGGCUUGUUGACUCUGUCGUCAAUGUUUCCUUCUCUCAGCUCCUCUGACUGCCAAGACACCAGUAAACUUAUUCCAUGUUCUCCUCCUCAAUCCCAAGUAAUCCUAUUCUUCUUCUCUCUAUACCUAGUAGCACUUGGGCAAGGGGGGCAUAAGCCUUGUGUUCAGGCUUUUGGAGCAGAUCAAUUUGAUGGGCAAGAUCCAGAAGACUGCAAAGCCAAAAGCUCAUUCUUCAAUUGGUGGUAUUUUUGUAUAUGUGCAGGUGGCUUAGUAUCACUUUCAAUCUUGAAUUAUAUACAAGAUAACCUUAGUUGGGGUCUUGGUUUUGGAAUCCCUUGUAUCACGAUGGUGGCUGCACUAGCUAUUUUCUUGCUUGGAACUAGGACUUACCGGUAUAGCAUCCAAGGGGAGGAGAAAAGCCCGUUUGUGAGAAUUGGUCGGGUGUUUGCUGCUGCAGUUAGGAAUUGGAGAACCACCCCUUCAGCAAUGGCUAUUGAAGAGGAAGCUCGAGGAACCUUGCCUCACCGGAGCUCUGAAGAAUUAAAGUUCCUCAACAAAGCAUUGCUUGCACCAGAUGGUUCUAAAGAAGAUGGGAAGGUGUGUAGUAUCAGCGAGGUUGAAGAAGCAAAAGCAGUUCUUAGGCUUAUCCCAAUAUGGAUGACAGGCUUGGUGUAUGCUAUUGUGUUUGCCCAGUCCUCGACUUUCUUCACCAAGCAAGGGGCUACUAUGGACAGAAAAAUUGUGCGGGGCUUUGAUGUACCGGCCGCUUCUCUUCAAUCCUUUAUCAGCCUUGCCAUUGUUGUCUUUAUUCCCAUAUAUGACCGCAUUUUUGUCCCUAUAGCAAGAGCUUUCAGCAGGAAACCCUCUGGCAUCACAAUGCUGCAGAGAAUUGGAACUGGGAUGCUUCUGUCUGCUAUUUCCAUGGCAGUUGCAGCUCUAGUUGAGAUGAUAAGGCUCAAAACUGCUCAAGACCAUGGGUUAGUUGAUUUGCCAAAACAGACAGUCCCAAUGAGCAUAUGGUGGCUGGUUCCUCAAUACGUCUUGUUUGGGAUUGCUGAUGUUUUCACCAUGGUUGGUUUGCAAGAGUUUUUCUAUGAUCAGGUCCCAAACGAAUUGAGGAGUGUGGGUCUUAGCCUCUAUCUGAGUAUCUUUGGCGUGGGGAGUUUUCUAAGCAGCUUCCUCGUCUCUGCCAUUGAGGAAGCAACUGGUGCGGAUGGUGGAGAUAGUUGGUUUGCCAAUAAUCUCAAUCGGGCACAUCUUGAUUACUUUUAUUGGCUACUUGCUGGACUUAGUGUAAUAGAACUGGCUGCUUACUUAUAUUUUGCAAAGUCUUACAUUUAUAAUAGAGGAAGCAAGGUAUGAAUGCAGUCCUCUGCAACUGCAAUUGUUGUGACACAAGUCAGUGGUAUAUGGGAUGGGAAACUUGUUAAGUAACUAAUCUUUCAACCAUUCGUUUGUCCUUUCUUACUAAAUAAACCUGAUUCUUGUGAAUAAGGAUUCCUUCUAAUUGGCUGCUCAAAUUGUGGAUAAUUUGGACAGCUCCACAAAGAGGACAAAGAGCAGAUGUAGAGCUGAGAAAACUGAACAGAAGAGAUUCUCUGUACCGCCAGACCGCGUGGUUCAAGCCAGAGAAAAAAUAGAGGGUUUACAGAGGUGGGUCGAACAAGAUCGUAUGAAUGAAAGCCUUCAAGGGAAGGAAGUCAUUGUAGUUGAGGGGUAUUGUGAUCUCAGCCAAGCAGGUGAAAGCUUACUUGGGCAAAAAUCCUGUUAUGGUCUUCGCUGAAAAAGUGAGGCUUUGCUUGACGAGUAGACAAAAAUUACCCGCUUUUUGGGACCUGCAAGAAGUUGAGCUUUUUGGCU